UUAUUGGGUCAGUAAUAUUUUGGAUAUAGUUUUAACCAGUCGAUAUUUAAGCAAAAUAAAUUUUGCUAUGUUUUCAUCUAAAAUGAUCAAACAAAUUCCUCAGUUCACGCACCUCUACCGGUGGACCCAGACGAGGAUAAAUGCCUGGAACUAUUGCUUCGCGCGAGGCAUCAAGGUGGCCAUUGUGGGAGCUGCCGGCGGCAUUGGACAGCCGCUCAGCUUGCUGCUAAAGCAGAAUCCGCAGAUUACGCAGCUGGCGAUACAAGAUCUUGUCAACACAAAGGGCAUUGCUGCCGAUCUGUCGCAUAUAUCCACAACGACCAGUGUUUGCUCCUAUACGGGAAAGGAAGAGCUCAUUGCCGCUCUGGAGCAUGCGGGAAUUGUGAUUGUGGCCGCCGGUCUGCCUCGCAAGCCAGGGAUGAAUCGCAGUGAUCUCCUGAGCGCUAACGGCGGUGUCGCUGUCGAAGUGGCAAGAGCUGUCAGCAAGGCCUGUCCGGCCGCGAUGGUGGCCUUCAUUACGAAUCCGGUCAACACCGUAGUCCCCAUUGCCGCGGAGGUGCUCAAAAAGGAGGACGCCUUCGAUCCGAACCGCUUGUUCGGCGUGACCUCGCUGGACGUGGUGCGUGCCCAGACCUUCAUUGGCGAAGCGUUGGGCGUUUGUCCGAAGGAAGUCAAUCUUCCAGUCAUUGGCGGUCACGCUGGGCUAACCAUUCUGCCCGUAUUCUCGAAGUGCAAGCCCGAAUACAAAGUCAAUGACGAGCAGCGUAAGAAAAUGUUGACCCGCAUACAGGAGGCCGGCACCGAGGUGGUCAAGGCCAAGGCCGGCACUGGCUCCGCCACCCUUUCCAUGGCGUAUGCUGCUGCGAAUUUCGUCAACUCGCUCCUGCGGGCCAUGAACAAUGAGGAGAAUGUCAUCGAAUGUGCCUAUGUGGCAUCGGAUGUCUCCGAGGCAGAGUACUUUGCCACACAAUUGCUGCUGGGCCCGAAGGGCAUUAAGGAGAAUCUGGGCAUUCCGGAGUUGAAUGAGACUGAGGAAGAGGCUCUCGAGGCGCUGGUCAAAACACUCCUAAAGGAUAUAGCGGAGGGCGUCAAGUAUGCCGAUUGCGAAUGAGGGAGAGGCCCUCGAGCUGCUGGUCAAAUAACUCGUAAAGGAUAUAGCGUAUGGUAUCAAGUAUGCCGGCUGCUAAGUUAAAAUCCUGUUAAACAAUUCAAAUUGAACAGAAAGUAAAGAUUGAAUAAAUCAAGGCAGAUUAUAAUUAUCUA